AUGAAUAAGGAAGUGUGUCAAACGUUACUUCCUUUAAGGAACGUGAUUUCCAAUUCGGACGAUGGUAUAAUCUAUCAAUUUACAAAUGAUAAUGAUUACUGUAAUGAUGUAGAAUGUGAUGAUAAUGCAGGUAAAAUUAAUGCUAGGUUUUUACAUAUUUUUGAUACAUUGUUUAAGGAUAAGUCUGCGUUUGAAGAUGCUGCAAAAGGAAACAUCUAUAUUGUUCAAUACAUUUUGAUAUGGUUAAGUUAUGUGUUAAGCCUGAUCGAAAGUAAUGAAGCUGACAAUAGAACGAGUUUUUAUAAUAAAUAUAUAAAUGGUGGUAAGAAGUAUAAUAAGAAUAUAGAUGAUGUUACUGCUUAUAAAAAUUAUAAGGAUCUUAUAGAUAGAAAUAAUUAUAUUUUAAGUAUGGAUAUGAGCAUUAUAUCUAAAUUAUAUGAUGCAUUUAGUACAUUAUGUGACAUAUAUAUUGAGUUUGAUGCAGAAAGCUCAAAUUGCGAUAAUAGUUUAGAAAAGGCUAAUCAAUUUGUUGAAACAUAUAAAAAAAUUAUCAUAGAUCAUAACAUUGGUGAAAAUAUCCGCUAUUUUUAUGUAUUGAUUAAUUUAUUAACUGAUUAUGACAAUUUAAAAAAAAAAUGUAAAAAAUUUCCAUCCACUCCAGAUAUAAAAAAAAUAAUUUCUGAACAUGUUUCUGAAGCUACAUCAAGUUCGAUAACAAGCAAAUUAAUUCCAAUUUUAUCGAUAUUAGUUGCAAUACCAAUUUUCUUGGGAAUUGCUUAUAAGUAUUCGUUAUUUGGAUUUCGGAAACGAGGUCAAAAACAACAUUUAAGAGAAAAGCUAAAAAAAUAA